UCAUUCAGAGGUUAAUCCCAUUGGGCAGUGCAGGGAGACCGAGUCAGGUGAUUUCCAAGGAAGCCGGAGAUUCAGUCAGUCACUCUCCACAGAGAGGGGAGCCCGCCCAACCCGGAUGCACAGAUCGUUUGUGGAGCGGUCAGUUGUUGGGUGCAGCCCGCGGGAGUGGGAGUAUUUCAGCACCAGACAGGACGGACAGCUCCCGCGGCGUUCACCUUUGUUUCCACGCCGCUACUGAGACCUGCGCCCGCUGCAUCUCGCGAAGAGGACCGCGACACGCACGCACGCACGCAGAGGGGCUUGGUGGAACAGACUGCAUGCCGGAUUUGACGCUUUUAAGGAGAUCAUUUGCAUGCCGAAUCUCGCCGGGUGUAGCAGCUCUACGUCGGGACUGACAAACGAUGGCGGAGUGUGGAAGGAAAGGACUGUCGCUCCUCGAGGAAGCGCGAUCUCGCUACGAGAGCCUGCAGAUUUCCGAUGAUGUGUUCGGGGAGUCGGGAGACGACAGCAGCGAAAACCUCUUUUACAGUACAACAGGAGAUUCCAAUUCGGAUAACUACACGGAGACGAACCCGGACGAUGCCAGAGCAGGUGAAACUAGGGGUCAGAGCUGCGGUCCCCCCGGUUCUGUCACCAACGGCCAGGCGCAGGAGGAGGGCUGGAGCGACUCGCUGCAGGACCUCAGUGUGCCCCACUACCAGGACACGCAUGGUCCGACACAGAGAAUGCCUGCCACUGCCACAGCCAUGGACUUCUUCCAGCUGUUUGUCCCUGACAACGUCAUUCAGAACAUGGUGAUCCAGACCAACAUGUAUGCCAAGAAGUACCAGGAGCGCUUUGGCAGCGAUGAAGGAUGGACCAAUGUGACGCUGACUGAGAUGAAGGCCUUUCUGGGCUAUGUAACUUCUACUAGCGUGAACCGUUGCGAGUCAGUGCUGAGCAUCUGGAGCAGUGGAUUCUUCAGUAACCGCAGCAUCGCGCUCAAGAUGAGCCAGGCACGGUUCGAGAAGAUCCUCAAGUACUUCCACAUCGUAGCCUUCCGCUCCAGCCAAGGUGGCAGUCAGGGCCUCUAUAAGAUCCAACCCUUCCUGGACUCUCUCCAGCAGAGCUUCGCCUCGUCCUUCAGGCCCUCACAGACACAGGUCCUCCAUGAGCCCUUGAUUGAUGAGGACCCCGUGUUCAUUACCACAUGUACAGAGAGGGAGCUGCGCAAGAGGAAGAAGAGAAAGUUCAGCCUGUGGGUGCGACAGUGCAGCUCCACUGGUUUCAUCUGUCAGAUCAAUGUCCAUCUAAAGGAGAGUCCAGGUCCAGAUGGUUUAGACAAGUUGAAAAAUAAACCCCAGCUUCACAGUCUGGUGGCCAAGCAGCUCUGUCAGAAUCUGGCUGGCCGUAAUGCAAUCAUCUUCACUGGCCCAAGCAUCACAAGUCUAAACUUGUUUCAGGAGUUUGAGAAACAGGGCAUCUACUGCUGCGGGUUGUUGAGCACCAGAAAGAGCGAUUGCACAGGUCUUCCUCAGUCAAUGCUGAUCAAUACCGAGGCUUCUCAGCAACGUGGCCAGUCUCACAUUAAGAUGAGAGGAAAUUUGUCAAUAAUCAACUGGUACAACAAAGGCAACUUCAGGUUCCUCACAAAUGCCUACCCUCCCACUAAAGAAGGGGUGAUCAUUAAGAGGAAGAGUGGAGAAAUCCCAUGCCCCCUUGCUGUGGAGGCCUUUGCUGCGCACCUCAGUUACAUCUGCAAAUAUGAUGACAAGUACAGCAAGUACUUCAUUUUCCACAAGCCUAAUAAGACCUGGCAACAGGUGUUUUGGCUGACCAUCAGCAUCGCCAUCAACAAUGCCUAUAUUCUUUACAAGAUGUCAGACGCCUACCACGUCAAACGCUACAGCCGGGCACAGUUCGGCGAGAGGCUGGUUAAGGAGCUCCUGGAUAUGGAUGACUGCUCACCCACUCAGUGAAAGAAACCGCAUGCUGUCUCAAACCCACCCAUGACAACCCACUCAUACUAACAUACUCAUACACACUUGCUUUCUACACUUCAUGGUCAUUUUGAGUGAACAGACCCUCUGCAUAACACUAAAUGUGCCAAGUUUGGUUGAAAAAGGGACAUUUGCCAUUUAAACUCACAUUUAAGACCCCAUUUGAUACUACAGGACUAAUGUACAUAUGUCACUGUAACACUUACUGCAUGAGAAACACGAAAAUGUGCCCUUUGUAGAUGUGCAAUGAUUUUGAUCAUUAGAGUUCCUUUAAUAGUGUGGUCAUAGUUGUGAACCCUGAGGUACAAUGUUUGUGAGCAGCAAAUCCAACAUUCAGCACUGAUAAAUAUACUGUAUAUACUCUGUGAUUGAGGUGUUUUAUCAGCAAAAUGAGAAUGUGAUGCAAUUCACACGUUAAAUCACAGAAAUUUGUAUAUGUUCUCCAAAAUACCUGGGCUUUUUUCUAUUUUAUACCACUUAAUAUUUAUGAUCUUUAUGACUCUUGUUUUUUUUUUUUUAAGGCAACAACAUUAGUGACACAGAUGAUACUGGAGGUGAAUUGUGGCAACACUACUAUGCUUCUCGGUCGUUUUUGAACUCAGAAGUAGCGGUCAGGAUUCAUAAAAGUCUCCUAAGUAGGAUUUGCAGAUUUCAAAUAAUGUUCCCAAAAAUAGAUUUCCCAUCAAAUCUGUAUUUAAUAUAACAUA